GUUCGGUUAACACAGUACCCGUGGCCGGAGGAGAGCGAGGAUUUGUGCUCCCCUAGACAGGUUUCCGGACAACAGCGAAACUGGACUCGGAACUGGACGGAAGGCGUAACUCCGAGAUCCCAAUAAUCAUUUGUGGACUAAACGCAAUGGAGCCAGCCUUUGGAGAGGUGAACCAGCUCGGCGGGGUUUUUGUCAACGGCAGACCGCUUCCCAACGCAAUCCGGCUGCGGAUUGUAGAGCUCGCCCAGCUGGGCAUCAGGCCUUGCGACAUCAGCAGACAGCUCCGGGUCUCCCACGGCUGCGUCAGCAAGAUACUGGCCCGGUACAACGAGACCGGCUCUAUACUCCCGGGAGCGAUCGGGGGCAGCAAACCACGGGUCACCACGCCUACAGUGGUCAAGCACAUACGGACAUACAAGCAGAGGGACCCGGGUAUCUUCGCCUGGGAGAUUCGGGACAGGCUACUGGCUGACGGAGUUUGUGACAAGUUCAAUCUACCAUCUGUGAGCUCCAUCAGUAGGAUCCUCCGCAACAAGAUUGGGAAUCUGUCCCAGCAGAGCCAGUAUGAGUCCAGCAAGCAGUCGUCUCACCCACCACAACCAACGCUACCAUACAACCACAUAUACUCGUAUCCGACCCCCAUCGGAGCCUCUGGGACCAAAGUACCGACUCCCCCGGGCAUGCACUCCCUCCCUGGACACAUGGCUAUGCACAGGAUAUGGCCCUCAUCCCACUCGGUAACAGAUAUUCUGGGGAUUCGGUCGAUAACAGAGCAACAAAUUAGUGACAGUUCGUCCUUUCCCAGUGCCAAACUAGAAGAAUGGAGCGUUAUAAACAGGACACAUUUUCCGCCGUCAGCAAGCUCCUCACUAGUCAAUGGCGUGCAGGAUAAACCACCGCAUUCUAUAGAACCUGAAGCAAAAUACAAACAGACGCAGAGUGGCUUGCCCACAGUGAACAGUUAUGUCACAGCGCCCAGCAUCCCAGCCUACCAUCCUCCCACCCCAGUGUCGCCCUACAUGGGGUACAGCGCCACCACGUCGGCCUAUGUGACCGGUCCCACAUGGCAGCCGCACAGUGGCAGUGCUCUCUAUCACCACAGCUGUGACAACAUUGCCGCUCCGCUGGCCUUCAAGGGUAUGACAGCCCACCACCGUGACGCCAUCCACCCCCAUGCCCACCCCAUCACCGCCUCAGCACUGUAGAACACAGACAGACGGGCCGGUCGGACGGAGAGACAGAGGGAAGAAGAGGGGGAGCAGGACAGACGGACGGGCGGAUGGAGAUAAAAGAGGAGGGAGGAAGGAGAUAAGGAGAAACAAGUCCUCCUUUACCAUGGGUCUAGUGCCAGCUCAUUACACUCACCUCUUCUGUAUUUAUAUGGUGACCUCACCUAGGCCCCAUAUCCAUCACAACAUUCUCUUCCAUACCAAAGACAUGGUGACCUCACCUAGGCCCCAUAUCCAUCACAACAUUCUCUUCCAUACCAAAGACACGGUGACCUCACCUAGGCCCCAUAUCCAUCACAACAUUCUCUUCCAUACCAAAGACAUGGUGACCUCACCUAGGCCCCAUAUCCAUCACAACAUUCUCUUCCAUACCAAAGACAUGGUGUGGAGAACUCAAGUUAACGCACAGUUAAAGACAGGACAUGGAAGGGAAACCUUGCCACACUAUCUACAGACAUGACACUGGUCUGUGGCCCUGCAGAAAGCUGACAGGACAGGUGCUUUGAAGGACUGACUGGCUGUUUCUCAUAUUUCCAUGGCGGAAAUUGUGCCAUUCUCAUCAAGGACUUGCCUCUUAAACCCAUUUCUGCACACUUCUCUGCAAAUGUUAUUAGGGACAGGAGCUAAAGGACUGCCGGACAAUCACAACCACGAGGGAAAAACAACGUUUGCAUUUAAGUGUAUCAGGGGUGAUAUCAAUUGGUAUUGUUUUGGAUGUUUGUAUUUGUAUUUUUUUGUUUAUUAUUUUGACAAGUUACAAUCUUUAAUAUUGAACAUUGUUUUUUCACUUCUCGACUUAAAUGUUAUCUCCAUGUGUAUUUAUUAGACUGACUAAAAGGUACUAGGGUUGAGCGGAGUACAAUUAUUACAUCAGAAGGCCACGGUGGAAACAGUGUAGUCCUAUACGGAUGUUCCCAACACACUUUGACAGCCUUUGGCAUUAGUCUUCUGCGUAAAUGUUUGAAACGACAUUAUGAUAAAACGGUACAGCUGCACAGGUCCAAUCUAUCCACAAUGAAAUUGAAUGUAUCUUAAUUAAAGGAAACUGUGUGGA